CUAUGCCAGACUUCCAGAGAGAGUUCACUCCCCUCCUCUCCCCCCACAGCCACCACCAGGCAGAGCCCGGGUCCCCGGAGCCCCAGGCCCCGUGGGUGGGGAAGCCCUGAUGGCCCCCUAAGCAGUCGCCACACAGAAAACAGACACCCAGAAGAAAAGGUGAGGGGACGGCCAUCCCCCACCCCAGGGAGGAGGAAGGACAAGCCUGCCUCCACCAGAGCAGGACAUCUGGACAGAGGAAGUAGGUGUCUGGGCUGUGCCUCCCCAGAGGUGGGGGUGUGGGCCCUGGGGGAGGGAGGGACAGACCCUGACUCGGUGAGAGGUUCCCAAGGCCCCCAAGGGCUGAGAGGCGGAGGCCCAGGACUUGGCAGCGGUUCCCAGCGGCCCCUGGAAGGGGCCAGCAGUGGGGCUGAGAGGGGAGUGGGGGUGGGGGGUGGGAAGGGGCCUGGGGACUUGGGCCAGGCCGCUCACACUGGGCCCCUUCUGUGCUGUUUCCCACGCAGACUGGGCCCACCGUCCCCCGCAGCUCAAUGGCAGGAGGACCCGGCCCAGAAGCCCAGCAAGGACCAAAGGUCAGAAAUGCUGCCAGGAAGACCUAGAGGGCAGGCCCGCCUCCCCCAAACGCCGCAGCCACUGCCUUCACCGCAGCCCUCGGAGCCACAGCCACAGCCGCCACAGCCACAGCCGCGCCGCCACGGCCUUCACCGCAGCCGCAGCCCCUCUGCAAGAGCCUGCGCGCCUCUGGAUGAACUGGUGCCCAGACUAGGCACCCAAGUGGGGGGGCUGCAGGUAGUCCUGGACGAGCUGCGGGCUCCGGGGGGCGCUUUCCUGCCAGUGCCCUCCAGUGGCCCGCAGCCAGAGGCCCGAGAGCCCGAGGCCGGGCAUCGCGCCUGGCUCAGCUGGCAGCUGGCGCACACGGGGGCCAACCUGCACUGGGCGCUCACCGCGCUGGACUCGCUGCUGGCCGCUCAGCCUGGGCUCCCCGCCCCGCCGCCCUGCCCUCCCCGCGCCCCUCAGCCUUAG